AUGUAUUGGCCUGACGAGAACCCCUGGAUUCAGGCCCGGGCCUGGGUCCCCGGGGGCCUGUUCCAUCCCUGUGCUGGGCUCUCUGUGCAGCUGAGCAGCAGUGGGGUAGAACAAAAGGGCACUCUGGCCAAUCAGGUAGCCGUGGUCAUAGGGCCCACUCAUGGGAUCGGCUUCACCAUCGCCCGGCAUCUGGCCCAGGAUGGGGCCCAUGGGGUGGUCAGCAACCAGAAGCAGCAGAAUGCGGACCUGGUGGUAGCAGCAUUGAAGGGGGUGGGCCUGAACGUGAUGGGCACCGUGUGCCACGUGGGGAAGGGUGAGGACCGGGAAAAGCUGGUGGCCAUGGUCCUGGAACACUGCAGGGGUGUUGACUUCCUGGUGUGCGUGCCAGGGGUCAAUCCUUUGUCGGAAAGUACCGUGUGGAGCAGUGAGCAGGUCUGGGACAAGGUCCUGGACGUGAAUGUGAAGUCCUCCACCCUCAACUGCAGUCAGCUUUUGCCUUACAUGGAGGAGAAAGCAAGAAAUUCAGUAGUCCUGAUCUCCUCAGUGGCAGCCUAUAUUCCACUUGCCAAAAUAAGAGCCUACAGUGUCAGUAAAAUGGCCCUGCUGGGACUCACUCAGACUCUGGCAGUGGAGCUGGCACCAAAGAACAUCUGGGUGAACUGCCUGGUGCCAGGAAUCAUCAACACAGACUGCAGUCAAAUGCUCUCCGAGGACCCAACUCUGUGGAACUGUUUGGAAAGAUUCCAUGGAAUACAGAGAGUGGGGUGGCCUGAGGACUGUGCAGAACUGGUGUCCUUCCUGUGCUCUUCAGAUGCCAGCUACAUCACUGGCAAGAACAUCAUGCUGCCCAGCUUCUCCCCCACCUCUGAGGGGUAUGAGCUCAGAGCUCAGGCUUGCCUCUUGAUGUGA